GCCUCUGCAGCAGUACAUUGUGCCGCCUCUAGCUCAGACCCAUCCGACUGCUGGCAACGUGGAAAUCAAGAAAGAACCAGAAGACUAUCAGCUGAAACCGAUUCCGCCAUCUCCGAAAACUCAUUCUCAAAACCUGCCUCAUGAGUUGAACCCCAAAUGUUUGGAUACGAAAGAUAUGUCAUUGGCGCUGCCUCCUCAGUCUGCCCAUUCGCAACCUUUAGCCCCUGAGCAGAUCCCCACAGAUUCUCACUAUGAAAAAGACUCUGAUAGUAAUGAGGAUGAGUGCCACAGGCCUAUCAGUCCUGGACCAGAUGCCACACCCUGCAAUAAGGAAUUCCAUAAGAGUAAAAACGCUAUAUUUAUUAAACUGUUGAAUAGAGGAAUCAAUUCUUGUUCGCGCUGUGAUUUAGUUUUUAAACCUCAACCGCACUCGGAUUUAGCCAAGAAACGUGAAGAAAGAGAAAAGAAGGUCCUACAAGCAUCUGCUACUAUCAAGGAAGAGAAAGUUCAGCCUACAAAACGAAUUGAUACGCCUAUCAAGUCCAGCUCGACGGAAGCUCAAGUGACCAGCACAUUAUCAUCUCAGCAUGGCCCAUAUGGUGGCGAAAGAAUGACACCUCGUCCAUACCCUGGUCAUGACACUCCAGCCCUGAGACAGCUUAGUGAAUACGCCAGGCCACACACACUAGGUCAAGACUUUGGCCGGUCUGGUCCCUAUGGUCUGUCAACUUUACCUCCACAUGUUGACCCGAUGUUACCUUACAGAUUAGCCUCGAUGUAUCCAACAGGAUCUAGAGAAAGACUUGAACUUGAGUUGGAGCGAGACAAAAGGGAACGAGACGCCCGCGAACGAGAAUUACGGGAACGAGAGCUACGUGAAAUGGAAAUUAGAGAAAAAUUCAAAGCAGAUAUGGAAAUGAAACCUCCUGGUACUCCUGGAUCUAAAAUACGUGGAAAUACGUUGGAUGCUCCUUGGAUCGAUAUGCGUCGUUAUGCUUAUCCUCCGACUGCUGCAGCACAAAGUCAUUUAGUCCAACAAUCGGCGGGAAACAGCUCCAGUAGCAACACACCUCAUAUACCAGGUGUUUACCCUCCAACAAGUUUAGCUAAUGAUCUGCUGGCACGAGAGAGGGAACGUUUGGAACGGUUAGGAAUUCCAACUGGUAUUUCUCACUUGUUGGGUGAUCCAGCAUAUUCAACUCUUGUGGAACGAAUCUCUGCUGAGCGGCUGCAGGCUGAGCGCCUUGCCCUCAGUACCGACCCGAUGGUUCGCCUUCAGAUGGCCAGUCUAUCUGCAGCAUCCACCCACGCU